AUGUUCACCAAGUCUGUUUUCAUCGCCCUUGUUGCCGGUGUUCUCGGCGUCACUGCCGCCUACGACCCCGCUCACAUGCCCGCCAAAACCGACGCCAAGGGCGGUCAGACCGGCUACAAUGACUGCCAGCAGCGUUACGGCGCCACCAACCCCAAGGCCAAGUGUCAGAACAUCUUUAUCAACUCGGUCAAGGACUUCUGUCUCUGGGGUCCUCCCAAGACCAAUGGCGCCGACACUGUUGGUGACCUGGAAGCAGUCAUGGUCUCCUACUGUAUGAAGUCCGGUUACGGCACCCGUCUGAUCCCUGAUGGCACCAUCCAUGGCGCUCACUUCCUCAAGACUCCCUCUUUCGUCCAGAUCACCGGUACUGGUGAUUUCACCAAGAUUCACAUCCAGGCUGGCGACGAGGGCGGUGAGCUCGACCCUCACGGUGCUACUGGCUCUGGUAACCCCGUCGGUGGCCAGGUCUUCACCCGCGCUUACACUGGCAACUGGGAGCAGCUUCCCGAAUGGCAGAACUUCAUGUCGGCCACCGAGUACUGCUUCCGUGCCUGCCGUUCUGGUCCUUGGGACCGUCAGUGGUGCCCUCACAUCUACGAUGUCAUGGGUUGCCUCUGGAACGAGCCCGCCAACUACGACCGCGGUGUCUUUGAGCAAUGCGAUGGCACAGAGGGCGAAUGGCCCGGUGUCUACUCUGGUUCCACCUGGUAUCAGGGUGUCAAGCCCACUCCUGCUGCCCAGCCUGCCGGCAAGAGCUCCAACUGCCGAUACUACCCUUCCAUCUCGAACGGCCCCGCGAUCAAGACCCCCUCGAAGCGAUCGGUCAUGGCCACCCACGUCAAGCGUUCGCCCGAGUGGGAGGAGGAGCCUUGA